GUAUCGUUCACCGAUUCUACAACCGUGUUUUGUCGUACUUGUGGUCAAUUUCGAGGAUUGCCGUAUACUUAAAUACAUUAUAAGUAACGUCGUGGUAACUGCUUGGUAAUCUUUACCUCAAAAGUUAACGGCAGCUUCGCGCUGCUGGCUGCCGCGGCAUUUCGUUGCCCGUGAAAAUCUAGCCUAAAACUGCGCAGUCUAUCUGUAUUUAGUCUAUGCUCUCAGGUGGUGCUUACAAUGACAGUUCUGCUGAACCUAUGAUUUUUAACCUCUAAUGGAAUCCAGAUCUGGAAAAAUUUACUUCAGGUCAUAAUCAGAUUACUUUUGACCUAAGAAAAAAGCAUAAAAUGUCGUUAUACGAGGGCAUCAGGUUAAUUUCGGACAAGCAAACCGUUGUUCUUGACAUUGGAAGCGCAUAUACUAAAUAUGGAUAUGCUGGAGAGUCGGUACCUCGCGGCAUAAUAAAAACUGAAGUGAAAUGUCCAGAAUCUGGGAAAAUAAGGAAGGUAUUCUCUUACGAGGAUUCACAGGACUUGUAUCAGCUUCUAGUCGAAUUCAUUCACUUACUCUUCUUCAGGCACGUUGUUGUCAGUCCCAAAGAUAUAAAAGUAGUUAUUGUUGAGUCUGUAUUGACUCCGACAGAAUUUCGAGAUACUUUGGCUAAAGUAUUUUUCCGACACUUUGAAAUUGGUUCCUUGAUGCUUGCACCUUCCCACUUGGUUGCUGUUAGUACUUUGGGAGUUUCUACAGCAUUGGUAUUAGACGUUGGAUAUAAAGAAGCAACGUUGAUUCCGAUUUACGAAGGUGUACCAGUUCUCAAGGCAUGGCAGGCCUUGCCACUGGCAGGACACGCGGUCCAUGAGUGCAUAAAGAAAGAAUUGAAAACCAUCCUGCCUAACGACGGCAGUGACGUUGAGAAAACAAUUGAAGAUAUCAAAGUUAGAACCUGCUUUGUUACCACAAUAGAGCGGUCUCUCAAAUUGCAAACUGAUGAACCACCAAUUGCACCUCCAUCAGUCAAAUAUCCUGGAGUCAAAACCAUAACUGUACCCGGAUCAGUACGUGAAAAAGCUUUUGAAUUAUUGUGGGAGCGAGACAAUGACAAUUUGAGUGUACCAACCAUGAUACUAGAUGCUAUAGUGAAGUGCCCUGUAGACAUGAGACAUCCGCUUGCUGAAAAUAUUCUGCUGAUUGGAGGAACGACAAUGGCAAAAGGAUUUUUGCCACGUUUGAAAUCUGAACUUUUGACAUUACUGAAGAGUAACUUAUAUUCUGAGAAAUUAAAAAUAAGUACAGUCAAGUUUCAUAAGGCACCAAGCAAAGCUAAUUACACAGCAUGGCUUGGUGGUGCUAUAUUUGGUAUUGCAGACUUGCCACUACGUUGUUUGACGAAAGAAAAUUACCUCAUGUCAAACAGAGUCCCAGAUUGGGCAAGCUUAAUUGAUAAUCAGAAAUCAGACUCAUUGAUAAAUAGUAUGUAAACUAUUAUGUCUACCUAAUUCGUAAAAAAAUUAAUCUGAUACCUAAUGUUCUUAUAAAGUUCCAAUUUUCAACAGUGAGGUAGUAACCCAAUUAAAAAUCGUCACUCAAAAUUAAUGUUUUUUUUUUCUUGCAUAGAAUUUACUUUAUUCUAUAAUGUCACAAAACGGUUUAAAAUGAUAUGGUGGAACGAGAUGGUCUUAUUUUUAGCAGUCACGAGGAACUUCAGAUGCCUGUAAUGUAAAAUAUAUUUAAUAAUUUAUAAUUCGUAUAAUAAAGAAAUUGUAAGAAUAAAAAAAAUCGAUCACA